UGAUGGAUCUGCUGUUGCAAACAGUCUCUGGUCACUGAGUUACAAAUAAACCUUCAUCCCGGAUCUUCUCACUGCAGGGAAGUGCGUGUUUAAACUUUCAAAAGCUUUACUCGGGUUGUGACCAUGUUGGAGCAGACCAUCAAGAAUUUCUGCAUCAAUUUCAACGCAGUGAACGAGAGCAGGACUUUCAGCAGUGGGCAGCUGGUCACAGGACACUUCUCCUUCGACCUGACCAAGAAGACGAAGAUCACCGACAUAUCGAUGCGUCUGAAGGGACAUGCCCACGUCCACUGGUCCACUGGUGGAGGGAAGAAUAGAUCGCGGAGACACUUCUCUGGCAAAAUCACCUACUUCGACCUCAAGGGCGUCAUCCUGCAUGGAAACUCUGCUAUUGGAGGGUCGAUGAAGCUCCAGCCUGGCACGCACAUGUAUCCGUUUACAUGUCAGAUACCUCAGGGAGACUUCCCAUCCAGCUUCAAGGACCUUCACGGAAGAAUAGAAUAUGUAUUAACCAUGAGCAUCAACAGACCCUGGCGCGUGUCUAAGGACUUUGUGACUGAGUUAAACUUCAUAAACCACAUCAAUACCAACCAGCCCGAGCUGCACGCUCCUCUCAAAGGCUCCAACCAAAUGACUGUGUGCUGCCUGUGGUGUGCUUCACCUCCUAUCACUAUGACAGUCAGUGUGGAGAAAAAAGCCUUUACUCCUGGUGAAACUGUGAAAAUAAUUUGUGAGUUCAGUAACAGUUCAUCUCGAACGGCCACUCCGAGGGCGAGGCUGCUGCAGAAGCAGACCUUAUACACCAACGAAAGGGCCCACAAGAGGAAGUAUGAGAAGAACUUGGCAUCAGUGGUCGGGCAGCCCAUCGACGCACAAACCUGCGACGUGCACACUGAGAUGAUGAUCGUGAUUCCUCAGUCUGCAUCAUUUACCAUCGCUAACUGCAACGUCCUGGUCAUUGAUUAUGUUAUUGAGGUGAGCCUGAGAGUGCGCUGUGCCUCUGACCUCACCGUUCUGUUUCCCAUCAUCCUUUGUGAUACCCCUGUACAUCCUCAACCCCCUCCUUAUGAGUGAGUGCACUUGUAAAUGAGUAGCUUCAGAUGAAUCUAAUGAAAUGUCAAGUUGCAGUUUCUCACUCUAACCUGUUACUUUUGAGCCUUUCAGUAUUUCUCAGGGUUUUUGUAUCGGGCUCACCACAGCAGGGAAGACCGUUGCCUCUAAGCUUUUUUACUGCUGUUUUUCGUAAAGAUAACUUUUGUGUGUCUUUGUAUGAUUUGUUACAUUUGCAAAUGUCUCUUAUGCUCAUUUUGACAAACUCCAGUUGCCAAUUCUAGUCUUCCCACGAUCAAGUUCUGUCUCUUUACUUCAUUGCGAACUGUUCGAUGUUUUGCAUGUCCCUGUUCUACAGCUGCAAUUUCUCAUUCUGCUUAAACUUGCUUCCUCCAUGUUUUCAUCAGGUGUUGUCAGGUCUUUACCACAUUGUAUGUUGCCAAUGAAAAGUUUAAGUUAAUGUUCUUUACAUGCAUACAUGUAUUUUUUUAAUGUCUGUGUCAUGCCAAAUGUAUUUGGCCCAUCCCUUCUUUGGAUUUUAAGACACCCUUGAUUUACCAACUUAUGCAUCUUCUUCUUGUAUUACUAUUAGGGCCGUAUAAAGACAUCAAAUUCUCAGAUUUUAGGAAUAAUUUGGCAAUUUAAUAAGAAAAAGACAUUCUAUUAGAAAAAUAAAGAAAAAUAACAUUUUCAGUGAAAAAGAGGUAUAUUUACACUUUUAACCAACACCUGUGUGGCCAAAGAAAGGUUUUGAAAUUGUCACUGUUGGUUCAGUCUGUGGCAGCAUAACAAUGUAAAACAGUAAUGUCCAUUUUAAAGUGAUAUACACCAAAGUGCUUUGUUUAUACAGCGAGUGACUGCAUAGUAUCACAUAUAAACCAAAAAAGGUUAUACAAAAGUACAUUGGAAUAUAUUAUUGUGUUUAUUCUCUAUCUUAUGUUCUUCCACGUUUUUUAACUGUUGUCAUAUACACACUGUUUGGUAUGUGAGCUGUGUAGAGAAGUGUUUCACUCUGCAAUCUGACUAAAUUAAAAGUUUAAGGGCAAAUGUGCCCGAACCGGUGAUGAUGAUGAUGAUCAACAAGCAGCUGAGUCCUCGGCUGAACCGAUUCAAUCCCAUGCACCAAAUUACUUUUUGCUCUCCCCUCAGCAGCAGACACUGCGAGUACUGUGAAAAUUUCAGUUCAGUUUUUUUAGCCUCAUGUAUCAUCGUGAAAACCAUUCACUUCAUUUCCUGGAGGAAAGCUGCCUCCUCUUUGUAAUUCAGCCAACUCUCACUCUAAUCGAGUGAGAACGGUUGAUAAUCACUAACUUCAGAUGUCUGGCUGUUUUUAUUUUUUGUGGUUGAUGAUGACUGAGAGCAGCUCUACACAUCUUAAACCUUUUACUGGCUUUAGUUCACUGUAGCUUCUCACCAUCUCAAGCUGCUCCUUUUAAUUUUCAUUCAAAUGUGUUUUGGAAACUAAUGGACAGUAUUGUGAUUUAGCUCUUUUCACGUCACCAAAUGAAUUGGUCAAAUAUAUAUACAUGUAUGUUGGAUAUUACAAUAGAGUAAUUAUAUUAAUUAAUAUGCAAUGCAUUGUAGCAUAAGUAUUGGUUCUGCCACAGCUGAGGGGUUUGAGUGUGUCAAAUGAUAGGGUCGUAAUGUGGAGAUGCUUUUGUCAGAUGGACUUUUAAGUAUUUAACUUUAUCGUACUAUGCAGUAGCAUGAUCGUAUGUACGUUUACACUUUUAGACAUGAAAUAAAAUUUUGA